AUGAUACUUGUACCGCAACAACAGGGCGUAGACGACCUUGUGCAGGAUACCAAUGGGUACCAAUACCAAUUCGCACAAGGUUUACCCGUAGUUGCCGACAACCUCCUGCCAAUCUCGCUCGCCAGGCAUCCAGCCACGACCUGGAAUCAGAAAAAGAUUUGGGAGGCCGAGCAAGCGGACCUCAAGCAAAAAAAGGACGAGGCCAGUGCCAACAAGGAGCUCAAGAGGGACAGCGACAGGCGCUUCUACGAGAAUUUGGCCGGGGGGAAGCCGCAGGACGCCUCCGCCGCCGCAUUGAACUUCAUGUACAACCCCCCCCCUGGGUACCAGCAGCCCGAGGAGGAGGAACUUAACGAUGACGACGAGGCGGUCAAGAAAUUCAAAGCUCUUGCCAAAAUGAAGGCGGACCCCAACUUUUCGGCGGCGACACAAAGCUCGGAGCUGGAAAAGCUGGUGGGCAGGCGGGUAAACCCGGGCGUGUCCCUCGCGGAACAGCAGGAACGGUUCCCGUUCCUCAAGGACGCCCCGGUGGAACACGCCUACGCGGCGGGGGUGAAGGUGAAUUUCAAGCCUUUCAACAACGUGAUCCGGCACGUCCGAUGCAUGCGCUGCGGCGAGUGGGGGCACCGAAGCGGCGACCGCGAGUGCAGCGUCGACGAGAACCCCCACGAUGCGGAGCGCCAGAAGCGCGAAGACCCAAUGUCGUACAUGGCGGCCGCUUCUGGGGGUGGGAAUUUGGACAGCUCUACGUAUGGCGGGGGCGGAGAUGACGCAAGCGUGGACCCGGACUCGGAGUACGUGAACAGUCUUUCGACGAAGAAGAAGCGGCGUCUGCUGAAGUUGCUGCAGAAGAUGGAGGAGGGGGGCGGGGAGGCGAAGAAGAGCGCCAAGAAAAAAGAUCGCAAAGGAAGCAAGAAGCGGAGCAGCAGCAAGCAGGGAUCAAGAGAAAGUGACGGCGGUGGUGCCGGGAGUGGCUCCAAGAGAGAGAAGGAGAGGAGACAAAGCCGUAAGGGAACGAGUCGUGAGGAGGACGGGGAGGGGGAGCAGAUAUCUUCGAGAAGUGCCGUUAACGACCACAGGAAGGACAGGAAGCGAAAGAGAGAAGAGCGGGAGGAUGGGAGCAGCAGGAGAACGGAUAGCGAUGAUGUCAACGACCACAAGAGAGAUAUGGAUUUGGCGGAGGAUCGCGUAGUCGCGGAGGAAAGCGGCCAACAUGCAGAAAGAAAGGCGGCGGGAUUGGGGGCACGGUCUUCGUCGAGGGACGAAAAGGACGCCCAAGAAAAAAAGAGACGCCGAAAAAAGGAAAAAAAGAAGGGUCGGGUGGAGGAUCACGACAGAGGCUCGACUCGUAAGAGCAGUAGCGGUCGCAACCACCGUCAUGGCAAGGACAAGAAGUGA